AUGGGAUAACAAUAGCGCCUCGCAAAUUCGCAUUCGUACUACUACACUACAGUCUAUGUAUGUAUGCCGACUGAUCCGGGUUCCAUCCAAGCAAGCAAUUGGCGCCGCUUCGUUAGGUUGUUUCGCCGCGAAGUGGUGUCGCAACUCGCUCGCAACUGGCGUAGUGUAAACCCCGGACUCCUUCGCGAGCCCGUCAAUCCGUCGGUCUGGUGUGUUCACCAAGAAGUCUAGGUUAAUUUUCUU